UGUUAUGAUUUCACAACCUAAAGCUGGUCUUGCAAAAUGCAAUUAAAAGUGAUGAUGCAAGCAGUCUCGCUGAAAAGACUCAGAUAAAUCGCCGCUCAGCAUUUUAAGUAUAACUAGUUCAGGCAUGUGAGGGGGAGCAUUGAGAGAAAAAGGGGAAGACAUCUCGCUGCAUGAAGAUAGUGUGAAAUACUGGUGACCACAGAGUGAGUGAGUUUUGAAGCCAUUUCAUUGGCCAUACGGGUCAAGAUAUGGAGAAAGCCAAUGCAGAUAUCUGCAAAGAUUUUCAUAAACUUAUGAAAAACGUCGAAAAGCUAUCAGACGGUCAGGCUGUAGUCACAAAAUGGAAAGAGGAAGACCUGCAGUGGUUUGUGGUCGAGAUCUGCCCGAAUGGUGGUCUUUAUCAUGGUGGGAAGUUUGUUUUCGUGGUCUGCCCCUAUGACUAUCCGACUGAUCCACCAACUGUGAUUUGCCUGACUCGUGUUUAUCAUCCGAACAUCGACUCCGAGUAUGAAUUCAAGCACUCGGUUGAUAAUGAGAUCGAUGAGGAGUAUUUUCAAGAGAAUGAACUAUUUACAAAUGUCUGCGUCAGCCUCCUUGCCGAAGACUGGGAGCCCCACUUUACAUUCGAAGAUUGUAUCCAGUCGCUGCUGUUCUUGUUUUAUGAACCGAAUAUCGAUGACCCCUUGUCACCGCUGAUCGACUCUUCUAUGGACUUGAGUGCGUUUGAGAUAAACGUCAAGAGGUCGUUGCUGGGCCUUGAUGUUGAUUCUUUUGAAUUUAAGAGGAAUUACAUUUUGGAUGACUUUGACGAGCGCGUGAAAGCGAUCUGUGAUGAAGUCGUGUUCGAGAGUAAACUCGUUGAUGGAUGUGAUUCUGUGCACGAGAAUCCAUCUGACAUGAAUAGUGUCAACCUCGAAGUGAAAAACAUUUCAAAUUCAGAUCCGCCUAACAAAGAGGACGAAGUUAUUGAGAAGUUAACAGAUAGCCAUGAAAAAUUUGGCGACGGAAUUUAUUGUCUAGCUAGUGUAGAUCUGGUGUCUGAAAUAGAUGAAAAGCCAGCGCCUGUGAUUAUGGAUUCGCUACCAGAUGUGGUUCAGUUGUCUAGAUUACUAGAAGUUCCAGUUAAACCCGUUGAUGCUUUUUGUGAUAAUGGUAUUCCCCUUUUUAGCGAAAGCCAAAAUCUUGUCGAUGCUGAACCGCCCCCGAUGGAGAGGCCUGUAAGCUGUGAUAACAUAGGUGCACCUCCCUGCUUAGUUAUUGAACGUGAUUCAAAGCUUGGUGCUAACGUAAUAAUUGACUGUGAGGAAAACGGCCCCGACUUGCCAACACCACGGGGUCCCGUACAGAAGUGCAUUUCUGCCACAAUGUGGAUGGUGAAAUUUUUCUUUACUCAAAUAAUUCCAGAGCUUUAUAAGUCAUAGCAUAAUUGAGGUAAAUGUUGUAAAUAUGUAAAUAGUAGUGUUCUUUAAGAUGUGGAAUACAGGGUGACUCACGAAGGGUCAGUCCUGCAGAACCUCCAGUAUUAGACUCCUGCGUAGCCCUGCAUGGACUAGAUUCAUUGAUGACAUCGUUUGGUGACUAUCAAAGCAGCUGUGGUCAACAUUUUUGGUUCACAUCUCUAGGAUGCUUUGAGGAGAUAACGGGCUUGUGAAAAUACCAUAAUCGUAGCGAUUGAUCUUCUCUAAAGUAAUUGAUACACACGAGUUCACAACCUGGUGGCAAGACUGCACUAGUGGUCAAAAUAGUAUUUGCUGUAUAUUUUCUGUUGAUAUUUACAAAAGAUGACACCUAAUCCACUGGAGAGAGGGUCAUUUACGGUUGUCCUGGCAUGAGUGCCAUUGUCGGCAUAAACCUGAUAAAACUUGUUUUCUUUUAUAUUAUCAUGUGUAAUUAAAUGUGUAGUUUUGUACACUGUAGGCUGCUAAAAAUGUUGGCUGUUGGGAUUUUCAUUGCUACAGUGUGAUCUAAAGAAAUUUUGACGAGAUUCAUGAAAGGGAUCAUCUCAGAAAUGCUUGAUACCAUCAGAGGUGAUUUUUUUCAUCUCUCUCUCAGAAACCCCCACCCCGGGCCCUACAAAAACAAAAAAAGCUGAUAGCUAGCAUCAAGUCUUUAUUUUGCAUGAGACUAGAAAUUGUAAACAGUGAAAUAUUGACAGGGAACUGGCUGACCCCUUUCCCCCAGAUGAAAUAAUUCAAUCUGUCAUGACAUUGCACCAUUUUGAGAUGAUCCCUCGGGGUGCCAGUAGGUCAACCCCAAUAAGUAAAUCAGAUGCUAUGAGUACUGUUGUUCUGUUCAAGUGCUCUUGAGUAGCGACACAGCAAGUCUGCUUAUUUUAUUGUCGCUACAGGUGCCUUCUAGUACUACCACUGAAAACUGCCAAAUUUUUGCAUGUCUUAAUUUUUGUGGUUCGCGAAAAUUUCGAGAACAUGUUUUAAAGUCGAUAUUUUUAUUUCGGUAAAAAUAAGUCUCGGUACAUCCAAUCAAAAACAAAUCACGCUAUAUUCAUUUCAAUUCAAAGGUGAAAAAGCAAUCGCAAAAAUUAAGGGGUUUACAGUCAUCAAGUCAUAAGCAGCUGUGGUUGGAAGUCUUUGGAGGUGUUUACAGUGUACAUUUAAAACACUAUCGCUGAAAAUAAU